AUGAUCUUUUUAACGCUCAGUGUCAGUGUGAGACAAAACAUCAAAACUAGCAGACCAGUAUGCCAACGAAUCUCAAAGGAAGCCGUAAAUUAGUUUACAUUAAUUUCUGUUUAUUAUGGCUGACAAUUUUUAAUUCAAUUGGCAAAAUUUCAACGGCAGAGUGUGGUUCUCCAUCACUUUCCCUCAAAAGUCACUCUGAAUGGGAAUCGAAAUUUGACCAAUGCCUGGAGACAAAUCGUAAUCUUAGCAAAAUCAUAGUGGAUCUUGAUAAUAAAUUAGACGAAAUCAAAGUUAAAUUCAAACAAACUCAAGAGGCGCUUCUUGAACAAAAAUUGGAAUACAGUGAAAUAACCAAAAUUCUUGCGGAGCAACAAGUAAAGUUGGAACAACAACACCUGCAGCAAAAUCGGAAAUUGUUGCACCUUUAUGAACUGCAAAUUAAGAAGUUGGAUGGACUUCAAGAUCAUAUGAACAACCGAGAAACCAUCAUUAUGAGACGCAUGGAUGGUUCUGUAGAUUUUGUACGAACUUGGAAUGAGUACAAAAAAGGCUUUGGAGAACCCUCUGGGGAGUUUUUUAUAGGUCUUGAACAACUGUACAAACUCACUAAUAGCGCACCCUACAGUCUGCAUAUUGUCUUAGAGGAUUGGGACAAUCAAAGGCGCUAUGCUAAAUACAAUAACUUUGUGAUAGGCAGUGAGAGAGAGCAAUAUAUGCUUCAUAGCUUAGGAACAUAUACGGGCACAGCUGGAAAUGAUUUCUACCUCAACGAAGGUCAAAAGUUCACAACCAUAGAUCGAGACAAUGAUCAACUUGGAAAUAACAAUUGCGCCAUACUCUUUCUUGGAGCCUGGUGGCACAAAGCAUGCUAUUUGUGCAAUCUCUUUGGACCUUACAAAAAGGGAAGAGUUGAUGACAGUGAACUGGGACAGAUCGUACAAUGGCAUUCGUUUAGGGGCAAUGUUACGUCUUUGAAGUUUGCAGAAAUGAAGAUACAACUAAACUAAAGAAAUAAAACAUUGACGAAUAGCAAAUGAAGAACACAAGAAAAGUUAACAAGUAAAAACGACUGUACGACUGAGUCGGACUUUGGAUACACUCCACUAUGGACAUCAAUUACCCUAUUUUAUAAUAACUCUACCAUGUCUAUAUUGGUUCGAUCUGAACAUAUUUGGUUCAGGUACCGAGAAGCCUUAUAAAAGUUAUAGAUUCAAUCUUACCAUAUCAAUUAAUAUUAGAGAAAACGGUAAAUAAAUGAGGCUUUUAUGAGCUAUAUCCAAA